GCUGGAUUCAUGUUCUCUCUGUUCAGCACGUUACUCGGCCCUCAAGUGCACUGAACUUCAUUGUGAUUGAACUCAAGACGAGGCGAGAGUGGCUUAAAAACACUGAAUGAAGCACCAACUGAAUAACUGAAGACUUGCAGGUUUUCUAAAGGAAAUGCAUAUUCUUGGGACUACAUUCAUUUUUAUUCUGGCCCUUAAGGUCUGUCUAGGGUUCUACCUUCAGACGUCGGAGGUCCAGGCGUAUGUUGGAGAAAUCGUGAUCUUGCCCUGCAAUGGUUCAGGAUUCUCUGCAGAAGAGCUGCACGUUCACUGGGAGGCGAUGGGCAAAGACGUGAUCUCUCUGCGAGGAGACGUCGUCACGGUCGGGAGAGGCUUUGAAGAUCGGGUGAACUUCCUCAGCGAUCCUGCAAAGUCUGAGGACUUUUCCCUCAUUCUGUCAGAUGUGAUGCUGAACGAUGGAGAGAUAUACGAAUGUCUCUGGAAGGGAACGAAACCCAUUUGUUCUGUGUUACUACAAGUGUCGACACCAGCGGUUUUGAUCGAGCAUGUUGAAGUGUUUGAGGGCGACGAUGUCACUUUGGAGUGCUUUGGAAACAUCCCUAAAAACAAACCUUGGGAAGACAUUUACAUCCAGUGGCUGAAGGAUGACAGAGAAAUCCUGCGCGUGAGCUCUGGAGAGAUGGACUUCGGUAUCGAUUACAGCGUGCUCCGGUUACCGGCCAAACACGACAUCAGUCGCGGUAUCUUCUCGCUGAGCAUCCCGUCGGUCAGUGUUUUCGACCGGGGCGUUUAUCAGUGCCGUUACAAGAGCACCGAUUACGAGGCGCCGCGGAGAGGAUUCCCGGAGACACACAAGCUCACGGUUUGGGUGACAGAUAAGGCAGUCACAGAGACAGGCACAGAUGCCGCUGUGUCUUCAGAGGUGUGGAGCAGCCCGGCGUCUCUCUCCUACUCCAGUGCUCUCUCUCAUACUCAGACGAGCGGUAGUGUGCCAGUUUGGGCUCAGACUGAAAGCAGCAGCUCUGUGCCAACACUGACAUAUGCUGAGAGAGAUGGAGCUCUAUUUCUAGUGGCGACAGAUACGUCAGUCAAUGAGACAACCACUCAUUCUGCUCUUCUUCUAGUGACGACGGAUACAUCAGUCACAGACACAGGCGCCGAUUCUUCUCUACUUCUAGUCACAGAUGCAUCAGUCACUGAAGCAGACACUGAUUCUGCUCUACUUCUAGUCACAGAUGCAUCAGUCACUGAAGCAGACACUGAUUCUGUGAUGACGGAUACAUCAGUCCCAGAGACAGGUUAG